CAGGUCUCGUGCCCUCAGGCGGAGCGGGCGGGCGCCGGACCCCCAGGCGGAGCGACAGGUCUCGGGCCCUCAGGCGGAGCGGCGGGCGCCGGACCCCCCAGGUGGAGCGACAGGUCUCGGGCCCUCAGGCGAGCGGCGGGCGCCGGACCCCCAGGUGGAGCGACAGGUCUCGGGCCCUCAGGCGGUUUAGCGGCGGGCGCCGGACCCCCAGGUGGAGCGACAGGUCUCGGGCCCUCAGGGGAGCGGCGGGCGCCGGACCCCCAGGUGGAGCGCACAGGUCUCGGGCCCUCAGGCGGAGCGGCGGGGCGCCGGACCCCCAGGCGGUGCGACAGGUCUCGGGCCCUCAGGCGGAGCGACAGGUCUCGGGCCCCCAGCGGGGCGGCGGGCGCCGGACCCCCAGGUGGAGCGGCGGGGCGGCCGGGACCCCUCAGG